AUGGCGGACCAAACCCCCCAAGUCGCUGUGGCCCAAACAGAACCUUCAGCAGACACCAUAUCGACAGCCAAUUCAAAGCGAAAGGCGGAGGAGCAGAUAACAAAAGAGAUGGUCGAGCAACAACAAACCGAGCAGCCGGCUUCCAGCAGCAGCGAGGAGCAGCAACCGACCGAGCAAACCACAACCACCACCACAGACAACGCUCAAGAGCCACAAGCCCAACAAGAACAACAAGGAGAAGAUGACACCCCCAAGAUCUCCAAGAACCAACUCAAGCGUCUCCGCCGCCAAGCAGCCCACGAGCAAUUCCGACAAGAACGCAAGGAAAAGCGCAAAGAAAAGCGACACCAACAACAAGCCAAGAAGCGAGCCCUCAAAGAAGCUGUGGUAGCCGAAGCCCAAGCGGCCGGCCAGGACCCAGAGGAGGCUCUGAAAAAACUGUGCAAGGAGCCGUGGGUGGCGCACCCCGUUCCCGUGGCCUUCAUCAUCGACUGCGACUUUGAGGAGUACAUGCGGGAAAACGAAAUUGUGUCGCUGUCGUCGCAGAUUGUGCGGUCCUACUCGCAGAACCGCCGGGCCAAGUACCAGGCGCAGCUGGUCAUCAGCUCGUGGAAGGGCAAGCUCAAGGACCGGUUCGAGCGGGUGCUGAAGAACGCCCACCUGAACUGGAAGGGCGGCGUAAAGUGCGUCGAGGGCGACUUUAUGCAGGCGGCGGAGAUUGCGAAGGGUAUGAUGGAGGAGGCUGAUGUCAAAGAGGGCAUGAUCGAUCUCCUCAAGCCGAGUGGAAAUGGUGGGUUGUUGCUUCCUGAGCCGGAAGCCGAGGAGACGGAAGAGGGUGGUGAUGCUGCUGCUGCUGCUGCUGCUGCUGCGGCUCCCAAGCCGAAGCCCGAGGAAGAGGCCGAGGAUGUGAACCAGUCGAUUGUUUACCUGUCGGCAGAGUCUGACUACACCCUGGACAAGCUAGAAGCCAACACGUGCUACGUCAUUGGCGGCCUGGUGGAUAGGAACCGCGAGAAGGGCCUCUGCUACGGCCGGGCCAAGGCGGCAAAGGUGCGGACGGCCAAGCUGCCGAUUGGAGAGUAUAUGGCGAUGCAGAGCCGCUACGUCCUCACGACAAACCAGGUUGUAGAGAUCAUGGCCAAAUGGCUCGAGUGCGGUGACUGGGGUGAGGCGUUCCUGACCGUUAUUCCCAAGAGAAAGGGCGGAACCCUCAAGGCAGAGUCGUCGUGUGGUACCCCUGCUGCGGACAACGGCGAGGAUGAUGAAGAGGAGGAGAACGGCACCGAAGAAGCCAAUGGUGAGGCUGCAGCUCCCGAGGUCACAGACCAGACGACAGAGCAAGCACAGGAUGUGCAAAUGUCUGGGUAG